ACAGAAAUCAGAUGUUACGCCUACAAGACCAGAGUGUCAAUCUCGACCCAAACCAUUGUAUAUUCCCGGAACGAACAACACUAGGCCUGUUCCCAGACCAUUCUGACGUCCCAGCAUACUUAGCAAAAAGAAGGCGCGCCGUGCUUCCAUUUUGCCCCAUCACUUCGCCACAGCACCGACAACAAUCUCUCUAAGAGUGUUCCACGGAGACUCUUCCAGUGCAGGGCUGACUCCCGCUCGAGCUCCGCAUCCUUCGACCGGUUCCACCAUGGAAGACGGUGCGCGGGUUCGGCCUCGAAAUGAUAUGUAUUCCCUCGAAGACGGUCGACUCGCGAUGGGCGCAGCACUAGAGUCGCUGCCUGACGAGCUCCUGCUCCUCAUUCUCUCCAAGGCAGCAGCCGCCGCCGCGUCGCCUGUGGACUUGGCCAAGCUCGCCCUCACCUCUCCCCGCUUCGCCCGUCUCGUCCGCGAGCCUCCGGUGCUCUCGCGCCUCCCCCUGCGCGCAAUCCUUCCUUCCGCGCGAAUCUGGGCCCCCGGCACGGGCGCGGGGCGCCCCGGGGAGAAUGAGACAAACGCCGCGCGCGAAUGUUUCGGCAGCUGGGGGGGGGGGGAAAUUGCGCUGAAAAAGGAGCCGAGCGGCGCUGGGAGCGAGAAGUCUCGCAUGGCGUGCCGCUUCCUGCUGCAGUGCGGGCUGGCGGGCUGCGCGGAUGCACUCUACGCGCUAGGCAUGAUCAAAUUCUACUGCCACCGGGAUUUCUGGGCUGGCGCGAGCCUGCUGGUGUGGGCGGCAGAGAAGGGACACGUGGCGGCGAUCUACUCGCUGGCGAUAAUUCACUCUCACGGCAGUGGGGGCGGCAGCAGUGACGGCAAUCCUGCAGCGGCAACGGACAUUCUGUGGCAUGCUGCCAGGGCCGGGAGCAAACAGGCGCUGCAGGAGCUGGGCCACUGCUACUUGGACGGCCAUGGAGUGCCACAGCGCACGCUGCUAGGCGCGCGACUGUUGCUCGCCGCCAUGUGCCCUGCGCUCGCACACUCCCCGCACGACUCCCCUGUGCACGCUGCUGCUGGGGAGCUGCACAGGGGGCGGGCAGACCACACAGCAACAGCCCAACGGUCCCACAUGGAUCGGGGAAUGGUCGUGACGUCUUACCGGCAGCGGCAGCAGCAGCAGCAGCAGCCAGAAGUAGCAGCAGCGGCUGCAUCCCCCCCGAUGGUUGCCACUGGGGUGGUGCAAGAGCCGUCGCAGGCCCGUAGAUGGCUCCUGGAGGAGUGUCGAUCUGAGCUUAGAGGUGGUGGGAUGGGUUCAGUGGGUGCAGCGGGUGCAGCGGGUGCAGUGGGUGUUACCCGUACAGAAGCAACACCACUAAGCCACCUGGUCGCCAACUCGCCCCCCCCUGAACUGCCUGAUUCUGCCCUAGGGUCGGGGGCAAAUGUGCGUUCCAAUGCGGCAGCUGCCUCUGUCUCCUUACAACCAGCUUCACUACAAGGACCAUCGCUUUCUAUGCAGCCAUUGCGAGGGCAGCAGGGGCCAGUCAUCUCCAUUGUGCGAUGUGCAGCAGGGUGCCACACUGCCAUCUCUGUUCUCUCUCACUCCUCUUCCUCCUCCCCUGCAUCUACCCACACUGUCGCUCCCUGCGCCUCUUCUGCUGCGCCUGGUCACAUAACCGGCCUCGGCAGUUUUGCGCCAUCUGCCCGCAGUAACCAUCUUGCUUCGGGCUCAGCCCAACCAGCUUCGGACGUAUCCAACAGGUGGCAAGUGAGCGAUGCUCCAUGGCAUGCUGCGGCUCCUGGUUACACGGACACCAUGGAUGGCGCUCAAGGUUGGCGCACACCUGCAGUCUCAGCAGCACCUUCCUCGUCAGCAGCAGGAGCGGACCUAGACUUAGAAGCAGCAGCAGCAGCAGCCGCAGCAGCAGCAGCGGAGCAGCACGGGCUCACGUCGAAAAUCGCAGAGCUUUUCGCUCCAUCAGGGGAGAAUGGAGGUGCUACAGAGGCAGAGCAAGGGCAUGCAGUAUUCGAGGACUCGGUACCAGCUUCUGGUGCUGGCGUCUCAAGUGGGGGCAGCAUGGCAGCAUUUUUCAAGGAGUGGAGUGCGGUGAACGGGAUGCCUGAGGGAUGCAAGAUGUGUGAGAAUGCGCACUGCAGGCGGCCGGAGACACGGGCUCAUGAGUUCAGACGGUGCGUGGUGUGCGAGCGGGCGGCGUACUGCAGCAGGUACUGCCAGGUGAUGGACUGGAAGAGGAUACACUAUAGGGUGUGCAAGUCCGCAGGGAUGCACUGAUUGCCGCUGACGAGUGCAGUGCAGACUGAAAGGAGCAGGUAUACGGUAUUACAACCUAGGUUACCACUUUUUGGGGUGACAUUAGGCUGGCAGCCCUAAGAGGCAUGAAAUCCAGUAGCUUCUGAGGAUUUCCAAUAGAUAUGUCAAACAUAUUUGUAUAUGUUAUAAUAGCCUAGAUAGGUGCAUGCUCUUAUAGGGUACAACCACUUGAACAAAACCAACCUGUAUGCCUCAUUCUAGUC